AUGUAUCAGCCGAGUUCAGUGCUGACGGAUUCCAAAAUGCUUUUGGCUCGCUAUUACGAACUACCACAGCCAGAAGACAAAAUACAACUGACGUACAUCUGGAUUGAUGCUUCCGGUGUCGAUAUGAGAUGUAAAGACAUGACUGUCGACAAAGAACCAACAAGUCCGGAAGCUGUAGCACCUUUUCGGUGCCUAACUGCCAUACCACCCGAAGGAAACAUGAGGGCUGGGCUAUUGUCAGGUUGCCCAAGCCUAGCCAGGGGAAUUCGAGAGGCAGAUGUCGGGCUGGAACCACGGACCUUCGGAGUGGUGAGUAAAUUACGGAGAAUUGCCCGAAUCUGGUGGGAACACCGGAUCAGUAAUGUUGAAGUUCGUCGAAUGGAAUUCGGGAGAAAUAACUCACCCUCGAUAGAUGAACUGAUCACACUGCAUAGGUUGCGCUGCCUUGGCCACGUGCCAGUCGGCCGACUUCCUCGAGGGGCUCUUUUCGCACAGCCACGUGAAGGGUGGAAGAGAGCCAGAGGCGGUCAAACAAUGACUUGGUAG